AUGUGCCUUUACGAUACAAGAGUAUUGUUGUUACUACUUUUAAAUGUAGCUCUGAUACAAAAUAAAGAAACAAUAAUCAUACGAACAAGCGAAGAAGUAAAGGAGAAUGCCUUUGUAGAUGUGUUGAAGAAUAUAACGUCCGCUAAUCAGAUAUUACAAGAUCUCAUAAAAAAUUAUGAACAAUUGCAAAAUAUUUACAAAUCCGACGAAGAAAAAUCUAACAGCGAUGCAAGUGACAGUGAAAAGAACAAUCAAUUUAAAGCAUUAUCCUCUUCUGAGUACACCACUAUAACUUCAAAGAAUAAGGUAUAUGGUGUCACUCAAAUUAUAUAUACUGGCGAAACGGAAGAAUCUAUCGAGGAACAAUCAAUCGAAGACCAGAAAAAUAACUCAAAAAUAAUAGUAGUAGAAAGUUCUGAAUUCAAAGAAAUAGAUCCUACUGUGAGUGGAAAUAGAACAGAGCACUUUAGUGAUAACUACGAAGAGAUAGUGACACAACAAUCUAAUGAAAAACACGACACAAAGAAAAAUGUCAAAACUCGCUUUAGUAUACAAAAAGAAACUGCGAAAAGAAAUUUCAACAAAGUACGACCAAGUUUGAGACAAGCAAAGGAUAAAGUAAUAAAGCGAGUCGUUUAUGCCGAAGUAUUUUCUCCAGACAAAAUAUGGCAUGAAGUAAUACAUAAGCCAAUAAAGCUAAAAUUGCACGAUGAUCGUCCAACGUUUAGAAUCCCUAAUAGAAAACCCUCAAGUAACGUAAAUGAUGAAAAUUUGAGUGUGUUAGCGGAUUCUGGACCCGACGAUGAGGUAAUUGAGAAAGAGAAGUAUAAAAGUUUGAUACUACGGAAUGCAUACGGUGAUGCCUGCUUACAAGUUGCCGUUAGAAAGUGUUUUAAAGCUUUAAAAGCUGUUAUUAAAGCAGUUUGUAGAUUAAGAUAUAAGUGUAAAAGUGCACUAAAAGGCAGUUUCAUAGAAAAUGCUAAAAAGGGAUGUAUUCGUGAAUUCGUUAAUGGAAAAGAUAGUAAGAAAGACAAAAAGGCGGAGGAAAUAAUAUUUGAAAGGACAAUUGGCACAGAAGUAUCAAAAUAUAUCGACCUAUGUUUACCCCAUCUCAGAUCCGAUGAAGAGAUUAAGAAAGGCUUGCAAAAUAAAACGAAAAAAUUAAAUACCUUAAAUAUACUGAGGGAUAGAUUCGAAAAGGCUUGUAAGAAACUAUCAGCGCAGAAGUGUCGCAAAGCUUGCAAAUUUGCUACCGAUAAUGCAUGCGCAACACACACUUGUCAGAAUUCUAAAAAGAGAGCAUUUAAGAAGAGUUGCAAAUCUGAAUGCAGGGUAGCUUAUAACCUUUAUAAGGCUACGAGUGACAGCGAUGAAGAUGAUGAUGAAGAAUCUGAGAGCGGCAGUGAUCAGUAG